AUGUCAUUCGAGUUACGUUCCGAGCUGAUAGCCCGCUUCCCCAUCGUUCGAUACGUCCCCAUACCUGACGUUGGGUACUAUGAUUUGACAUCUUUCCCCGAACCGUUGGGCGAGUCACCUGUGCAGACUGUUUACCUCGAGGCGCAUAAUGCACGAUGUGACAUUUGUUUGGUGGAUUUUGACCCACCUCCGAGCAAAAGUUUGCAUACCGUCGCCGAGAUCGAGUCUGAUCCUCUUAUACAGCUUCCAUGUUCUCACGUAUUCCAUAAAGGCUGUAUUGGUAACUGGCUUCUUGGAACAUCGCAAUCCACGUGUCCUUCAUGCCGCGCAAACGUCAUUCAAAUGGAACGUAGUGGUAUUCGGAAUUACAGCAAUCGGUCUGUGCCGACAUCCAAAAGCCCCGAAACUCCCAUGAAGCAAUCUAUGGGCAGAUUAUCACCGUCACCAUCCCUAACCAGCCACAAUAGUCAUUCACAUGUGUCGAAACGCCCCACAAUGAUUCCUAUGGAGCAAUCUGCAGGCAGACCGUCACCGUCACCCUCCCAGACCAUCCACAAUAGUCAUUCACAUGACUCAUUGCCGUUCCCACCUGUUUGGCCAACAGCCUCAAGCCAAAGCUCUUUGCGCCCAACUCGGAGAAGGCCGAAGCGCCAAUUUUUUGCCAAAGCAUUUUCAAGUAUUCGUAGACUCUUUCCGUAAAGAGGGCGAAGUGGCUAUGUGUAUAUUAGAAUAGUUCUAGGCAUUCGUAUCAUGUAAUCUUGUAUGUCAUCAUUAGUCUUCAGAUAUCCUCUACUCACCGUACUACAACAUCAUAUUGCUAAACGCGUAUACAUAUACAACCAAAAAAGUUACCUCA